GGUGCGGCAGAGGAACAGGUGCGCGAGGAUUCAUCGACAGACAUUUACUAUUUUAUAAACACUUUUUUUUAGACAACUUUCUUUUAAAACAAGCCAAAGGAAUACAUAAUUUAAUAUAAACAACUAAUCAGAUUAAAGAAAAGUUUUUUUUUUAAAAGAGAAAAGGAUUUUCACCUUUACGUCAGGUGGACGCCGCCUUUUGUUGAUUCGAGGUCAGAACAGGUGGACAUGGCUAACUCGGGUUUGCAGAUUCUGGGUUUUGCCCUGGCUCUUCUGGGCUUAAUAGGACUGGUAAUUGGCACCAUUUUGCCCCAGUGGAAGAUGUCUGCAUAUGUGGGGGACAACAUCAUCACAGCCGUGGCCAUGUAUGAAGGACUGUGGAUGUCCUGCGCGUUCCAGAGCACAGGCCAAAUCCAGUGUAAAGUCUAUGACUCCAUCCUACAGCUCAACAGUGCCCUCCAGGCAACCCGUGCUCUCAUGAUUGUGAGUAUUAUUGUAACUGUAGCAGGACUGGGUGUAGCAUGCAUGGGAAUGAAGUGCACCACCUGUGGAGGAGAUGACAAAACACGCAAGUCCCGCAUUGCCAUGACAGGCGGCAUCAUCCUUCUGAUUGGAUCUUUGUGUGCCAUCGUCGCCUGCUCUUGGUAUGCUCAUGACAUCAUCCAGGCCUUCUACAACCCCUUCACCCCCGUCAAUACUAAGUAUGAGUUUGGGUCUGCCAUCUUCAUCGCCUGGGCCGGCGCAUUCCUGGUUAUUAUCGGGGGUGGUAUGCUAGCAGCAUCCUGCCCAAGAGGAAAAUCUGCACCAAAGUACCCCAGAGCUCCCAGCACUAGCAAGGAAUAUGUUUAAGCAGGAUAAGAUCUGGCCUGAAGAGGCUGAAGGAACAUUUUAACAAACUAGUCCAACUCAGAUGUUGAAAGGUUGUGCACCAGAAGGUGGUCAUCUGCCUGGUUUUUAUUUUGUAUUUGUCUUCAGGGUUUCCCUGUGUUGUUACUGUAAUAUUAUUUUUAACAAACUCAUUAAAGUCUUUAAUAAUGGCUGUUUACUUCAAGAAAAGAACUCAUUGACCAUUAUCCCCCUGAAACCAUAGCCUGUGCUUGCUUCUCUGUAUACUAUAUGUAUACUUUCCAUUUAGUUGACAUGUGUAAAGCACUAAGUUACAUGUAGGUGACACACCCAGUGACAUUGUAGAAGUUGGUAUGUUUUACGUGCUGCAUACUACAGUUUGUAGUGCAUUGGAAUGUACUGUGUGUCUGGUGAAAUUGUCGCACAUCUGACUGGACAACUCUAUCAGUGUGUAGGCUGAAUGCAGAGAAGACUCCUCACCUGAGAAUCAAUUUGCUACCAUUUCUUUGUGUUUUGUGCCUUAUUUAUAUGGAAAAUGACAAAUCACUCAGUACCACUGUAGACUGUUCUGUUUAAUCAAAUGCUGGAAUGAAAUUAUGACCAUAAAAUGCAAUAUAGUGAUCUUUGUGUAUACUCAAGUUGCCAAUCUUUGGCUGUCAUGCUGCAUAUGAACGUGGUAGUCAACUUUGUUUUGUAAUGACUGUGUGAAUGGGUUUGGCUUAUUCUGUGCUAUUGCUGCACUCAUCAAAUUUGCAUUUUUUUAAGUUUUCAAAUUGUGAUUUGUGAAGUUGUGUUGUAUAUAAAAUAAAUCUUAAAAUUUUU